AUGACGAUGACGAUGACGAUGACGAUGAGUGUUCUCUCUAGCUUCCAUCAAUCAUGGAGGAGUUUGAUUUCGGCGAGUCAGCGUUGCACAACAGUGCGGCAGAUCAAAUCGACGCAUUCUCUAUUCAUCAUCCAUGGCGUCCAUCGCAACACUUACGCGAUCAGCAAACUUCUCACGGCUUUUCUCCCUCUUCACAAUCUCGACAAACACUUUCACUACGCUUCCCUCAUAUUUGAUUCGAUCAAGUUUCGAAAUCCGUUCGUUUACGACACCAUGAUAAGAAUCUGCUCCCGAAGCUCUCGGCCUCACUUGGGUGUGCGAUAUUUCCGGCUAAUGGUGACGGAAGACGAUGAAGAUGUAGCUCCUAGUUAUCUCACUUUUCAUUUCUUGCUUGUUGCUUGCUUGAAUGCUUCUCUGUUCUCUGUGGGUAAGCAAAUCCACUGCUGGGUGAUCAAAAAUGGUGUUUUGUCAUCGGAUGGUCAUGUGCAGAGUGGAAUCAUGCGGCUUUAUGUGGAAGGUAAAGUUUUGGCAGACGCACGGAAAGUGUUCGACGAAAUUCCUCAGCCGGAUGUUGUGAAGUGGGAUGUUUUGAUGAAUGGGUAUGUUAGAUGCGGUUUAGGAUCCGAGGGUUUAGAGAUUUUCAGGGAGAUGUUGGCUCGAGGAACAGAGCCUGACAAAUUCUCGGUGACAACGGCGUUAACGGCUUGUGCACAAGCUGGGGCUCUUGCUCAGGGGAAGUGGAUUCAUGAGGUUUUGAAGAAGAAGAAGAAAUGGAUUGAGUCUGAUGUGUUUGUGGGAACGGCGCUUGUUGACAUGUAUGCUAAGUGUGGUUGCUUAGAGAUGGCUUUGGAAGUCUUUGGAAAGUUGAGUAGGAGGAAUGUCUUCUCAUGGGCGGCUUUGAUUGGAGGUUAUGCGGCUUAUGGUUAUGGGAAGGAAGCUAUUAUGUGUUUGGAGGUGAUGGAGCGAGAAGAUGGUAUUAAGCCUGACAGUGUGGUUCUUCUUGGUGUCUUAGCUGCUUGUGCUCAUGGAGGAUUUCUUCAAGAAGGAAGAUCAGUGUUUGAUAAUAUGGAAGCAAGAUACGGAAUUACUCCAAAGCAUGAGCAUUACAGCUGUAUGGUUGAUUUGAUGUGCAGAGCUGGAAGAUUAGAUGAUGCAGUUGAUGUUAUUGUAAAAAUGCCGAUGAAACCGCUUGCAUCUGUGUGGGGUGCGUUACUGAAUGGUUGUCGAACGCACAAGAAUGUCGAACUUGGAGAAUUAGCUGUUAGAAAUCUUCUUGAGUUGGAGAAAGGGAAUGAUGAUGAAGAGGAAGCAGCUCUUGUUCAACUAUCUAGUAUUUACUUGAAUGUUCAGAGAAACGCUGAGGCAUCUAAAACUCGCCAGAUGAUAGGUCAGAGAGGUAUAAGAAAGGCACCAGGAUGUAGUGUGUUAGAGGUGGAUGGAGAUGUUACUAAAUUUGUUUCGGGAGAUGCGUCACACCCAGAAUUACCGCAAAUUCACGCAAUGAUUCAUCUCCUAUCUGUUUGA